UUCGGUUGUAUCACUAACUUCACUUUUCACUUUACUUUUAUUUUGACUUUGUUUCAUAUAGCGUCUUGAUUUUCUCAACGGGCAGGGUCCUGCGUGACGUGGCAGUGACGUUGCGGCUCCAUCAGCGAAUGAGGAGCGACCUGUAGCGGAACAGAGGGAGCACGGCGCGGAGGAGUUGUGGAGAAGGACGUGCACGAGUUAAAUCUGCACAUAAUCUGUCGAGUAAUCAGGUUUGAUCAGUUUCACAUCCGAGCAACUUUUUGCAGUGAGGAAACACAACGAGCUGAGAUGAAGACUCUGGUGGUGGGAGUGGGAGGGAUGACCAAUGGUGGGAAGUCGACUCUGGCCAAGAGUCUGCACCAGCUCCUACCCACCAGCUGCCUCAUAGCACAGGAUUCAUACUUCAAGGAGGACUCUGUCGUGCCGGUGGACCACAAUGGCUUCAAGCAAUAUGACAUGCUCAGUGCUCUCCACAUGGACACCAUGAUGAGCGACGUCCACUCGUGGCAAAGAGAUCCUGAGUCGUUCCUGAGGCAGCGAGACCUGAACCCAGCGGAGACGACACCGACAGACGUGUAUGUGCUGAUAGUCGAGGGAUUCCUCAUUUUCAACCACAGGCCUCUUAACAAUCUAUUUGACAAAAGAUACUUCCUGGAAAUUCCAUACGACGUCUGCAAGAGGAGACGAAGCUCCCGGGUGUACACCCCUCCUGAUCCUCCCGGUUACUUUGACGGAUAUGUGUGGCCGAUGUACCUGAAGAACCGGCGGGAGAUGGAGAGCAUGGUGUCUGGACUAGUGAUCCUGGAUGGACUGCAGCCAAAAGACGAACUGCUGGACGCCGUGUGUAAAGAUGUUUGUCAGGAAAUGGACAGACUCGGGAGAAAGACAGAACAAGUUGAACUCCUCUGAAGGUGGUGACCUCUGCAGUGGAAAGGACCAAAGCAGUGGAUGAGAAUGAACUGAUGUUGUAGUAUAUGAAGUUCCACAGCUGGAGACUGGAGAGACGCUGCCGGAAUAACAGUUAAACUUCUUUUAAUGGACAGUAUUACUAAGUUAGCAUACACUCUGAAUAUUAGUUUUCUUUAAUGCUGAAUAUGAGACGUACAGGGAACUGAUGUGAUAUGUUACACUUUGUUCGCGUCACAGUUAUAUGUCUUUUAAUAUGUAAGGAUUUGACAUGACACAUAAUUUCUAAAGACUUUCACUAAUAUUUGAAUAUAAUAAAUAAGGGUAAUUUUUGUAUUUUCCAUUAUUUGUCAAAUCCAGGCAAUGAUUUGUAGUCAGAGUCUGUGCCGUAGCGAUCAGGGGACCAAUCGCAACACGGUCUCUGCUGUCAAUCAACAAAUCAAACUUGAUAAUGGUUUGACCCGUACCGCAGCCCGCCACCAGGGAGCGAUCGAGCUGUCAUGUCGUCCAUCUUUAUACACAAUCUCUGGUUAUGUCUCUGUAUGAAUGAGGUCCUUUGUCUCCACCUUGUGGUUGGAUCAGAUACACUGGAGACAAACGCGUGACCCAGUUCUUACUGUUUUUAUUUUUUGUCUGUGACCUGAAAACAAAUAAGUGAAAUUAACAAUAAAAGAAACAUCAUAACUCAAA